UGGAGGGAAUUUUUGUUUGGUAAUAUCAGUCUUCCUGAAUUUUGAGACACCGAAACAGUUUUGUUUUAUGGAGUAAUAUAUUGUGCACUUUCUUAAACUGUAAGAUUAUUUUACUCAUUCUGUUCAAGAAAAGGCAGACGGUGUGUUUUUACCUGUUGUCACUUUUUGAACGUAACAUGUAGGAAAAAGUCGAUGAUUGGAAGUAAUGAGUGGACAGGAUUCCAGGAGAGGCUCUUCUAGAGGAGGCAGGGGUGGAUGGAGAGGAGGUAGUGGAAGUGGUGGCGGCGGUGGAUGGAGAGGAGGAGGUAGUAGUGGUGGUGGUGGAUGGAGAGGACGAGGUAGUAGUAGUAGUAGUGGUGGUGGUGGAUGGAGAGGACGAGGUAAUGGUGGAGGAUGGAGAGGUAGACCAUGGAGAGGAGGAUCCGGAGGAGGUUGGAGAGGUGGAGCAGGAAACCAUGCCUACAGAGCACAGAGAGUCCUUUGUCAGACUACUCUUGAUGCAUUGUGUCCGUACAAAGGAUGGACACUCUACUUCACAGAUGGAUUUAUAGAGAGUGGACCUAAUGUGGAGAAGAUCAAAGUGUUUGAGAAAUAUUUCACUUCCAGGAUUCAUCUGUUUGACAAGGAUGAAAUUGAGCGUCAGGGAAGUGUCCUGGUUGAUUAUGCUGACUUGAUUGCAGACAAAACUGUGCGUCAGGCACUUCCUGACAUAGUCACACAACUGAAACAACAACCAGAGGUGAUGCUGAACUGUUUGGGAUUGGCUAUUCACCAGUUUUUAUGUGUCACUCUGGACAUUGUGCUUUAUCAGCAGUUCACAGAUACGAAGGUGCAGGAGUUGAUAAGUGGAGAGCAGAGGGAGACUGGACGAAUCCCACGGACAGUGGAGUGUCACCUGACCUCUGACCUCUGUGACAGCUGUGUGCCUGGAGACACUGUUACUGUGACAGGGAUAGUGAGAGUUAGCAAUGAUGGUCCAGGCAGUUCUAGAGGAAAUAAGGAUCAGUGUAUGUUCCUCCUCUACAUUGAAGCUACUUCUGUCAGCAAUACAAAAGGCAAGCAGUCCAAGAUGGGAGGUCAAGGUUCAAGCGGGGCAGUUGAAGAUCGCUGUGGUGGGGAAGAGUUCAGUCUGAAGGAACUGUAUGCUAUUCAGGAGAUCCAGUCACAGCCUGACUUGCUGCGACUUAUAGUGCACUCUUUGUGUCCUGUCAUCUACGGCCAUCUGGCAGUGUGUAACGUGGCUCCCAGGGGUAUCUAUGUUUGUGGCAACAGUACCAGCACCACAGGACUCACAGUAAGUUUAUCUCGAGAUGCAGGAACAGGGGAUUAUGCUCUGGAGGCCGGUGCUUUGGUUUUGGCAGACCAAGGUCUUUGCUGCAUUGAUGAGUUUGACAAGAUGGGCAACCAGCAGCAGGCUCUGCUAGAAGCAAUGGAGCAACAAUCUGUGAGUCUGGCCAAGGCUGGUAUAGUUUCCUCUCUGCCUGCUAGAACCUCAGUUGUGGCUGCUGCAAACCCAGUUGGAGGACAUUACAACAGAGGCAAAACCGUCUCUGAAAAUCUGAAAAUGGGAUCAGCUCUCCUCUCUCGUUUUGAUGUUGUCUUCCUGCUCCUGGACAUCCCAGACGAGUCACAUGACCGCCAGCUGUCGGAGCAUGUCAUGGCGAAUAGGUCAGGGAGAGGCAGAACCAGCAUCUCCUUCGUUUUGUGGUUCUUGUUUUUCAGUCUGGCCAACACGUAUUCAGAUGGUCUCGGCAAUCUGGACUUUGAGCGCUCUCAGCUCGGGUCUGGUAUGAGUCAGCGCAGUGCUGCAAAACGACUGGUCAAUGCACUGCACCAGCACGCUCAGAGGACCGGUCAGAAGCAGUUCGACGUACAGACGCUUCGAUCCAUUGCCAACAGAGUGAACGUUAAGGUGAUGGAUUUCGAAGGCCUCUUGAGUUCCCUGAAUGAACAAGGUUUUCUGCUGAAGAAAGGGCCCAAGCUGUACCAGCUGCAAACAAUCUAACUUCUUACAGCUUUCACAGGCUCAAACUUGCAGACUUUACCAAAAGGUCGAUUAUUGGACCAUGUUCUGUAUAAAGCAAAAGAAAUGGAGACUGCAGUUUAACCAAGAGAUGGCAACAACCACAAACAACAAAAACAAGGCUGAUUUAAAA